AUGGCGGACGCGGAAAGAGGCAUCACUGACUCGGAGGCGAUGGGGGAGAAGGCGGAUAUCUCCCAUGAUGAGGUCGUGCAUAUCACACGCUUGACAGAGGAAGAGUUGGUGCUCGAGAAGAAAUUGCGUCUUCGCAUUGACUCUUUGAUCAUGCCAAUGGUCGUGUUGGUAUACUUGUUAAACUAUAUUGACCGUAAUAACUAUGCCGCAGCCAGGUUGCAAGGUCUGGAAGCAGACCUUAGCCUCACCCCAACCGAAUAUCAGACCGGUCUAUCAAUUCUAUUCGUGGCAUACAUUCUGAUGCAAGUUCCAAGUAACUUGAUUCUCAACUACAUGGGACGGCCGUCUCUAUAUCUUGGGUUUUUCGUUACUGCCUGGGGUCUGGUCUCCGCUUUGACGAGCCAGGUCAAGGGAUAUGGCGGUUUGGUGGCCUGUCGGUUCCUCCUGGGUUUCGUCGAGGCUCCAUUCUUCGCCGGCGUACUCUUCUAUCUCUCCAAAUGGUACACUAAGAAGGAGUUGGCUUUCCGCAUGAGCAUAUUCUAUUCUGGUUCUUUGCUCAGCGGUGCCUUCGGCAAUUUAAUCGCGGCUGGCAUUUUGAGCGGUCUCGCUGGAAAACGGGGAAUGUCGGCGUGGCAAUGGCUUUAUAUCAUUGAGGGCGUUAUUACUGUCUUCGUUGGUAUCGUGAUCUGCUUCGUGCUUCCCGACUUUCCUGAAACUUGGAAACUUCUAACGCCCGAAAUGCGCAAGAUUGCUGUCCGGCGUCUGGCGGUCGACGCGGCUGAAGCUGAUCAGGACGAGGGAGGCGGCAUGAGCCAGAUCAAGGGUCUGAAGCUGGCCAUGACCGACAUUAAAACCUACGUCUUGGCUCUGGCUUACAUGUGUAUCACCGGAGCGGCUGGUUUCCAAAACUUUUUCCCGACUCUGACGAAGACAUUGAACCCCGACCCCAUAAUCUCACUGCUGCUGGUGGCACCUCCCUAUAUCUUCAUGGUGAUCUGGAGUCUGGGACAUUCCUGGUUUUCCGACAAAAUGGGAGUCCGAUUCUGGUUCUUCUUCUACCCUAUUCCGAUCACUAUUAUUGGUUUCGUCAUCUUCAUGGCUGCGCCGGAGACGUUCGGCCCGCGCUACUUCGCGAUGUUCCUGAUGGUCUUCGUAUUCGCGCAGAACGGUACUCUUUACUCAUGGAUCGCGGGUGCGCUGCCUCGACCACCUGCGAAGCGUGCCGCUGCCUAUGCCUUUAUCAACUCGAUCGGAAAUUCCGCAAGUAUUUGGACACCUUACACUUAUCUCGACCACGAGGCGCCACACUACUGGACAGCCCUGGCAGUUAACAUCGGGCUACAGGUUGUUGGUGGCGCUUGCGGUAUCUUUAUGUACUUCAAUCUGCGCUCACUGAACAAGCGACAGGAACGUAUGGCGAAUGAGGAUGUCCAGCUUACACCGAAGGAUUUGAGGCGAUUGCAGCUCACAGCUGACAGCGAAGGUAUCGAUAUUGCUGCAGCGAGGAGGUUGCAGAAAGACUUCCGAUAUGUGUUGUAG